GAAUACCGAAACGCUGACGCGACAUGGGUAACUCCGGCCUGAAGCAGCAUUACGAGACCGCGAAGAAGACCGGCAUCCUGAAUUUGUCGCGUUGCAAGCUGGACGAAUUCCCGCAGAAACUCCGUGCCUUAGCGCCGUCGCUGCGCACCCUGGACUUAUCCGAAAACAAGUUCACGACGGUGCCGAACGAAAUUGGCAGCUUCGCGCUGUUGAAGCAACUGAAUUUGAGCUACAACCGGUUGACCGCCCUACCCGACGUCUUAGGCAGUCUCGAGAAGCUCGAGGUUCUAAAUUGCUCCGCGAAUCAGAUUAGCUCGAUCCCGUUGUCGCUGGAGAAUCUCAAAAACCUGAAGCAGGUCAACUUGUCCGACAAUCAAAUCAUCGAGUUCCCACUGGCGUUCUGCGACCUCAAGCACCUGGACGUUCUGGAUCUAUCCAAGAAUCGACUCACCACCGUGCCGGACGGCGUCUCCAGUCUCCGCGUGACUGAGCUUAAUCUGAAUCAGAACCAGAUUGCCAUUAUCUCCGAAAAACUGGCCAAGUGCCCGCGAUUAAAGACCCUGCGACUGGAGGAAAACUGCUUACAGCUGAGCGCGAUACCCAUGAGUCUCCUCAAGUGCUCCAAGGUCUCGGUGCUCGCGCUCGAAGGAAAUCUCUUUGAGAUGAAGCAAUUCGCAAAUCUGGAUGGUUAUUCUAACUACAUGGAACGUUACACGGCGGUCAAGAAAAAGAUGUUCUAAGGAAAUGAUUUCGUUACGUCAAGAAAUAAUAAAUUUGUAUUAUACAUAUAGAACUGUUUGAUAAGAUUGUCUAUAUAUUGUUUGAUAAGAUUGUUCUAUAUUGAAUUAAAAGAUUCCUAGUAUGUUGGGCAGUGAAGAAAGAGAAAAGGAUUUCGUUAUUUGAAGCUAUCGAACUAUUUUUAUGUCGUCAAUUUAAGAAUAAACAAAGCUAGAGACAUUUAUAAGAUUGGGAAUAUUUUUAAAUUUAUACAAUGUCAAGAUUUAUAAGAUUCUACAAUUUGAAUAUUUUUUCUUUCUAGUAUAUAAAUCAACAUUUUUUUGAGAUAAAUAAUGUCUACAGCAUUUAUAUCUGCAUUAUUUGUAAAUAAUCAUGAUAUAGAAAUAU